AUGUCUACAAAAGGAGCUCAAACCGCGCACGAUUGGAGCGCCGCGCAAUACCUCAAGUUUGAGGAUGAACGCACCCAGCCAGCUCGCGACCUACUUGCCCGGGUUCCUCUCCAAGCACCCAAGACCAUUGUCGACCUAGGCUGCGGCCCAGGAAACUCCACCACAGUCCUGGAAUCCCGCUACCCAGACGCCCAAUUAAUGGGAAUCGACUCGUCGCCGGACAUGAUCCGCAAGGCCAAAGCAACUCUCCCGCACCGCGACUUUGCCGUGAAAGAUUUGGAGUCCUAUUCCCCUCCAGACUCGGUGGACUUGUUCUACUCCAAUGCCGUGUUCCAGUGGCUCAAGAAAGACGAACGCUUCGAGAUCAUCAAGAGAUUAAUGAAAACACAACCAUCGGGCGGCGUCUUCGCCCUUCAAGUUCCUGAUAACCUCUCUGAGCCUUCUCAUGUCCUGAUGCGGGAAACUGCUGAAAAUGGGCCUUGGGCUGCUACACUGGCGAAGGUUGGCAGAGAUACGUUCCAGACGGCACAGGAAAUCUACGAUCAACUCAAGCCUGUUAGCUCGAGGGUAGAUAUCUUCCACACCAGUUAUUAUCAUGCGUUGGAAAGCCAUGAAGCUAUUAUUGAAUGGGUAAAGGGUACUGGAUUGAGGCCUUAUUUGGACCCUUUGGGCCCGGAGGAGAAGAAUGGGUUCUUGCAGGAGUACUUGAAGCGUCUGCAAGCGGUGUACCCAGUGUCUGUCGAUGGCCGAGUCUUGCUGCGUUAUCCACGCUUGUUUGUGGUUGCUGUUAAGAAAUAG